AUGACGAACAGGGUUUUAGACAAACUCCCAAAUCUGUUGGGACCUAUGAUUCAAAUCAUCGGAGAGACAAUCGGGAUGCAUAUCAGUGUCUUGAUUGGUGGCCCGGAGCCACAGAGGAAGGGUCAGCUGAAUGUGUUUGGGAUUCAUCAUGGUGAAAACAAAGCGGCGAUUCCGAAGGUUUGGGCUUUGGCGGAAAAAGACAAGUUCAAGGUGGUAAACGAAGUGUUUCUAUCUUUUCUCUCAACUUGUUACACUGCGGAGGAGCAGCGCGCGCGCGCUUUACCUGAAGACCUGACUGGCGACGGGAACGCCAUUGCUGGCCCUUCAUCCUCAGGCAUCGAUUCGUCUCAGCCAACUACCGCUAUGCCCCCAAACUCCUCGGAUGUAGCGGGUGGUAAGCGGAAGCACCGCACAGAGAAGAAGGACAAGAAGGCCAAGAAGAGUCGAACGACGCACCAGAAGCACAAGAAGAACAACAAGAGGCCAAACAAACGCCGCAAGCCGAACGUUGCCUCUGAUGAGGACGGUUCCAGUGGUGAAGACACCUCUGAUCCUUCAGAGGUGGAAAGUAGCGAGGAUGACGAGGACGAGGAGGAUGAAGAUGAAGAUGACGACGACGACAAGCCCGUCAAUCCGCGGCUCACCAAACACACGUCGAUGGAUCCAAAGCGUUGGAAAACCAAAGCCACGACAGCUGUCAACACUGAUGAUUCCAUCAGCAUCAAUGUCAAGGCAACCAACGCAGCGACAGUCCCUCCGCCGACCGCUCCCUCCCCUGUUCGCCCCAUGCCAGAAAGUCCCCCCACACCAGCAACUGCUUCUGCUCUUACUUCCCUCCCACCAGCCGCACCCUUGCCCCCCCCUCCCCUCUCGCAGCCUUCCUCCCCAGUUCUCCCCUCACCAGCAGGUCCCUCCACACUGGCCCUUGCUUCUGGUGUCACUCCGGCUGCUCCGCCGUGCACGAAGGCUCCACAAGAAGCCGUCUCGUGGCCUUCUUGGUUUGCUGAUGCCCACGCAUUCCUGUCAAGUCAGAAUCUAGGCCCCAACUUCGCAUUCCUGAUCGAACAAUUCACGGAUUUAGAGCGACGCACCGACUUUGCCCCAGGCGCAUGUUCUGCAGGCUUUAAGCCAGACAACAGGCCUGCAGAAGUCCAUUACUGGAUUUCUCGUGGGCGAGCAAUACAGCCGAAGGUCGACACGGUGGCUGAUUUUGAGAAGAGUUGGUGGAAGUGGUGGAAGGGGCUUCAGCCAGAAUGGAGGGCUGUAUCAGAUGUAGUCGGCCCUCUCAACUCCUCGCAUCGUUCGAACUUGGUGAGCGGUGCCGAUUGGUCAGUAGUAAACAAACAUGGUAGAAACGCUUUUUUUUCUGUGAUGGCGACUCUCGUCUGGUGGGGUGUAGCGCUUCCCACUCUAUCCACUGCAGAUGAAGGUUGGAUGGCGGCCAUUCAGGAUGUGGGAUGGGUGCUCACUGGUCUGUUAAGUGCCAGCUCAUCAAUGCUGAUUUCUACCAACGCCUCCCAUGUCCUUCCCCCAUCCACGUCGAUUUCUAUUGGCACCUCGCGCAAGCGCAGGCGCUAA